AGAAGUAAAACUGCAUUGACCGAGCGAGCGCAAGACAGCCACAGGUACUUUUUUCACCCUUUCAAAUAAUCUCUCUUUCUUCCUCUCAAGUCUCGUCGUGCUCGAAUCCUUGGAAAAUGGCCUCUACUACCAGCGGCGGUGCUUUGACUCCGUAUCUCUCGCACAUGCACCACAGAAACCCUAGCUCGUCCUGCUCCUCUUCUCUCUCAUUCUGUAAAAUAAACUCAUAUGCAAAUCCAGUUGCCUCCCCAAUGUUGUCAUGGCCUGGUAGUGAGAGUGGGAAGAACCCAAGACGUCUUCACUUAUAUGCAUUAUUUGGAGGGAAAAAGGAUUACAUUGAUAAGGGUGAUGAGACACCAUCAAAGGCAGGAAUUCUGGGUAAUAUGCAAAACUUGUAUGAAACUGUUAAGAAAGCACAAAUGGUAGUGCAAGUAGAGGCAGUUCGCGUGCAGAAAGAACUUGCUGUGGCAGAAUUUGAUGGCUACUGUGAAGGUGAACUAAUUAAGGCAACACUUUCUGGUAACCAACAACCUAUGCGCAUUGACAUCACUGAGGCUGCAAUGGAACUAGGACCUGAAAAACUUUCACUUCUGGUCACAGAGGCCUACAAGGAUGCGCACCAAAAGAGUGUCCAGGCCAUGAAGGAAAGAAUGAGCGAUCUUGCCCAAAGCUUAGGAAUGCCACAAGGCCUCAAUGAUGGAUUCAAAUAAGCUGCUCUGUCGAAAAACGUGUUUAUUAAUACUAUUCCCAACUUUAUUCUUUUUUUCCCUUUCCUCUUUUUUUGCUUUUGUAUUCUGAGGUUUAAUAUGAGAAACAAACAAAGGGAAUUGCACACACUUACGAAUAAACCAAUGGAUUAUUGUAUUA